AUGGGCUCAACUUGCCUGUCUCUCGUCCCCGUCUUACGGUGUAUCGGCCUCACGAGGCUGGAGAGCGGGCUUUUGCUGAUCCCUGCUGGUCUUGAAUUGAUUUUCUCUCUUGGGUUAAUCGUCGCAGGUAGAGGACAAGGCCGACGACGCUAUCUACUUGCUGCCGAGGGCAUCUUCUACUUGUUUCUCGCCGUCCUCGAUGUCCUCACGCACGAAAUCCCCAUGUUCAGCAGUUCGCUCUCAUCUUUCCGAAACCUCGACAUAUUCAUUGGCGCCACCUCAUUCAUACCCAUACUUCUGUUCACAGGCUUCCUGUAUAUCUUCAAACGAACGGAAUUCUUCCCAUACUUCCCACGACGCUUUGUCUUCGUGGCCCACACGUUUGCCCUCGUCGUCAUCCCCGUCCUUCUCGCCACGAAUGAAGUUGGAUCUUUCAUCGGGAACAACUACACCGUGGUGCAAUUUCCCACAGGCCCUCAGUUCGCAGUAGGCACCCGCAACGGCGGAGCGGAGACCGCGCGCGUGUUCUUCAACAGCUUCAGCCUGGCUCUCAUGGCCACGUACUCCGUCGUCACGUUCCUUGUCUUCUUUGUUCGCCUCGCGAGUUCAUUCGUACGGCAGAAGGAGAUCGAGGACAAGGGCGGCAUGCAGGAGGAGACGUAUCUAUUCAAGGGCACGGGUUGGGUUGCACUGGGCAUGGCUCUGUCCGCUGCGGAAGCGUUCGUCGGCUUCGCGGACGGAUCCUUUGGGAUCUAUCUCACCAGGAGAAUCCUGCGCAUGGUCGGUCGUGCAUGCGUUAUCAUCGGCGUCGUGAAGGGCCCCGACCGUCACCUACGUUUUGAGAUGAUGGACAGCGAGAAGGAUUCCAGACGUGUGAAGCGCAACACCACUCUUCGUCUACAGAUCGGAAACCCUAUGCUCGUCAGCAGCUCUGCACGCUUGUCGAAUCUCCCCGCCGUGGACCUUGCCCCGCCACGUUCUGCCUCGAUACUAUCUGCAACCGCCGUCGGCACAGCACCCCUCAUGGCUGGCGGGAUGGUCCAGUUCCCCUCUAUGCCCCGACCUCUCAGUCGUUACCGUCCCAGCGGCGAACGUGCGGACGUAUCGUCUAUGGACACCACUCGACGCGUCACGGUCUCCUUGGGGCGCAAUCGCGCACCUACGCUCAUUCUGCGCUUGUCGGAUACGAACCUCCCAUCGCCCAGCAUCUUCAUGCCGCCCCGUGGCCGAGGCUCCAACCGUAAUAGCGAUGCUUCGAAUCACUACUCGCUCAGGAAUGACCCCGAGGCCUUUGCACGGUUCCAAGCGCGACGCGAAGCUGAUGAUCGGGUAUCCAGCCCCGCCUUUGCGUAUAGCCCUGGCCGACCUCUCACAUACAACCCUGGCGAACCACAGCGACCAACGGGCAGCCUCUUGCGCUCUCACUGGAGUAGUAGCGGAGUUGGCAUCGACCCUCCCUCUCCUCAUCGCCCUGGUAUUCGCGAUUCCCUACGGAGAGCAUCCGCUCUCUUCGGACGGAUCGCUCGGUUCCCGCUUCCACCAAAGGAGCAGGCGCGUUCAUCGUACCAAGGCACGGAAGCCGGUCCCCCGUAUGCGCCUCGAACGUCUGGUGACGACCUCAUGCGUCGGUCAUCUUCAAGGCGCAAACCUGUCCCACCCGUUCGCGCGUCUAUGUUCGAAGACGCCACUGGCCUGCUCGAUCGCGAUAACUUCACCUCACCUGUAACACCGGGCGAUCAGUACCCCGCCAUCCCCGAUUCUGCAGGCCUUCGCCGCGUGCCAGAAAGCUCCCGUGAAGAUGUUACAUCGAUGGCUUCUCCAGAAAGCGUCACGUCGGGCCAGUGGAUCGCCGCGUAUCCCCGCUCACGUUCGUUGACCGCGUCGACGAGCCUCAUGCCAGCGCCGAAGACUCAAGACCAGGCCAUCAAUGAUCCGAACAGGAGUCUUCAGUCGCUUGAGCCCGCGAACGCGUCCGGCGGGAGUGAGCUGCCUGGCCCGCUGAGCGCCGCCGCAAACGAGCACGCUGCCAACAUGGACUGGCUCUCGAACCCCGACUUGGCAGAUGAUGCGCCCGACACUGCGUUCCAAGCAGCGAGGGCGCAUGCGCGCACCAGUAGCCAGGCAAUGCCGCUUAUGUUGACGAGGGCAGUUCGCCCACCUUCAGCAAAUCCAUCGCAAACGUCUCUCGUAACCCCACGGCCUGGAGGCACACCUUCACGCCAGCUAAGCUUCGGCACUGUGAUGCGCCGUACGACGCCCGAGCCCUCGUCGACGCCUGUACGAGGCAGCGUUGCGCCGGAGCAUGACUCGAUCGACAUGAUCGACAGCGUUGUGCGCGGGGACUCCGAUGCUGAUAGUGAUAUCAUCGACUUCUCGCGUCUGCAACCCACGCAGGAGGAGGAGGAUGCGAGCGAACGGGCACUCGAGGACGAGUCCAUCGCGGGCUCACCAACAAGCUUGUUGCGCCAGGACUCAGCCGUCCUGCCUAGGGACCUGGACGAGGCGCGCAGGAGGCGGGCCUCCCAGCUUACUGGCUGA